AUGGUGGUGAUUGACGACCACCACAAUGGAUGGCGACACCUAAUCCUCCCAGUUGCCCACAUGAACGACUUAGUCUUAAAUUCCGUGCUCGCCGUCUCAGCCUUCCACCUCUCAGAAAGCGCCGCAGGCUACUUGCCCAUCCACCCAAGACUACUUUUCAUGCAAGCGAUCGGCGGACUCCAGAACAGAAGAAAUCUCGACAAGUGCGACUUACAGACAAAACAGUUUGUCAUCCUCGCCAUUGUGGUUCUCCUCGCAGCCGUGAUGGUAAACGGAUGCUCCGACUUCCCUAUCGUAUUCCGCAUGCUGCAAUCAGCACUCGAUGCAGUCGGUGGAGAGAGGAGUCUAUCUGAUGGCGAGGUAGCAGAGUUUCUGCGACGAGAGAUCCACAAAAUGCGAGCAUACGGUGCCCCAUUCAUCGGCCAAGAUGCGGGCAGACGCGCGCUGGAAUCACAGGCCCAGCAAAGCUUCGACUGUCUACAAUUUUACUUUCGUCUGUAUCCAGAUCAUUCACACACCUUCCAUGCGAUUGCUAGUUUGAGGCAGCAAGCAUACCGGAUCUACCUGCACCGCACAGCUACAGAAACACACAUUACAAUACCGGUCGAAUCAAUCGAGGAUUUUAAAUCGAGUCUGGAGACUUUCUCCGAAGGGUCGCUGGGUGAGCACACCCUUGUUUGGGCUGUCUUCAUCGCGGCAUCGGAAAGUCGGGUAUCCACGCAUCGGCGCUUUUUUGAACAGUUCUUGGAGAGGCAAUAUCGCCGGAAUAGGUUUCUCAAUCUUUCAAAAGCGUUGCAACUUCUCAAGCGCAUUUGGAAACGGAGUUCGAGUGAGAACUGGACGGCGCUACUUCCUGAGCCACGGGUUUUGAUAAUGUAA